CCCUCCUGCCACCUUAACGAUGGGAUCCAUACCGGCUUGAAGCUUCCUGGUCUGUAGGCUCCAGGAGGACUGGGUUUAUGCUGAAACCAUGAACUCAUUGUAUGCUCCAGCUGACUCCAGCGAGCUCUGAUAUCCACACUGAACAGCUCCUUCACUCGUUUGCUCCCUUUUUCCUUCUGCUGGCAACUCCGAUUAAAGAAAGAUCACAAUUGGAUAACUCGUCGUCGUCCCCCCCCCCCCGUCCUGAAGCGUCUGGCAGCAGCUCAGAUUUCCUGGAAAUUGCUCUGAGAUCUGGAUUUCUACAGACGGGAGAAUUUCUAUUUUCAGUCCAGGAUACACCGAGAGGCUUUUGAAGAAAACGGCUGUGUUUGAAAAUUAUCAUAUCCCCCCUCCUCUUUUACUCUCCCGCUAUUCCUCAUUCUUUUCCUCCAAGUCCCAGAGGCACCAACUGAUGGAGAGACGGAGGAGAGAGUCAGGAUAAGGACAAGAAUUAGAGCAACAGAGAGAAGAGAACAAAACUGCUGAAUCGUCAGGAACAUUGGAGAAGAGGCCCCUGUGAGGAUUACUUUACCCGGAGAGCUGCAGAUCCCCGUUUAAAGUGAUAUCUGUUUGAAUUGUUGUUUACAUUUGAAAACUGUUAGCCACAGUGAAGCUAUCCUCUGUGGUUCAGUAAACCUGUAAGGUAUUUAUAAGAGAAGGGGCAACCAGGGAACUUUGAGUAUGACAACGGGGUUGAGAUUCCCGUGUUGGCCCCUGUGGCCCCUGGCCCUCCUCAGCCUGCUCACCACAGUGAAGAUGCUGGAAUUUGGCGGGGCGCCCGGCCAGUGGGCACGCUACGGACGCUGGGAAGCCGGAUCGGUGGGCGAGCUGAGCUUCAGCCUCAAAACCAACAUCAGCAAAGCCUUGGUACUCUACCUGGACGACGGCGGGAACUGCGACUUCCUGGAACUGCUGAUCGCCGGCGGGCGCCUCCAGCUGCGAUUCGCCAUCCACUGCGCCGAGCCAGCCACUCUGCACAUGGAGACGAGGGUGAAUGACGACCGCUGGCACAUGGUCUUGCUCACGCGCAACUUCCGCGAGACCCUCCUGAUGGUGGACGGGGAGACCAAAGUGGCCGAGGUCAAAUCCAAGAGGAAGGAGAUGGCGGUGGUCAGCGACCUGUUUGUGGGCGGGAUCCCUCCUGACGUCCGCCUCUCCGCUCUGACGUCGAGUACGGUGAAGUACGAGCCGCCGUUCCUGGGUUUGAUCUCCAACCUGAAGGUGGGGGAGAUACCUCCUACCCUGUUGAAUAGCCAAGGCAUCCAAAGUGACCUGGAGUACCUCUGCACCAAACAGAACCCGUGCUUCAAUGGAGGGUUCUGCUCGAUUCAGUAUGGAGAAGUUCACUGUGACUGCACGCACACUCGCUACAGGGGGAAGUACUGCAAGGAAGCUGAAGAGUAUGCUGUUGAAGGUCUGGCGCACCUGACGUUAAACGACCAAGGUGACUCAUCUCAAGUCGGGAAGGAAGAGUCGGUCGCCACCUUCAAGGGCAACGAGUUCUUCUGCUACGACCUGUCCCUGACGCCCAUCCAGAGCAGCACGGACGAGAUCACGCUCUCCUUCCGCACGCUGCAACGCAACGGGCUCAUGCUGCACACCGGCAAGUCGGCGGACUACGUUAACCUCUCCCUGAAGAGCGGCGCCGUCUGGCUGGUCAUCAACCUGGGCUCGGGGGCGUUCGAGGCCCUCGUGGAGCCAGUCAACGGCAAGUUCAACGACAACGCCUGGCACGAUGUGCGCGUCACCCGCAACCUGCGCCAGCACGCAGGCAUUGGACACGCUAUGGUGACCAUCUCAGUGGAUGGUAUCUUGACCACCACUGGUUACACCCAGGAGGAUUACACCAUGUUGGGCUCCGAUGACUUCUUCUACAUCGGAGGGAGCCCCAAUACGGCCGACCUGCCCGGAUCACCAGUCAGCAACAACUUCAUGGGCUGCCUCAAAGACGUGGUGUACAAGAACAAUGACUUCAAGCUCGAGCUGUCCCGUCUGGCCAUCGAGCGUGACCCAAAGAUAACCCUCAACGGUGACUUGGUGUUCCGCUGCGAGGACGUCGCAGCCCUGGACCCGGUCACCUUCGAGACCCCCGAGUCCUUCAUCUCCCUGCCCAAGUGGAACACCAAGAAGACGGGAUCCAUCUCGUUCGACUUCCGCACCACGGAGCCCAGCGGCCUCCUGCUGUUCAGCCACGGGCGCCCUCAGGGGCCCAAGGAGCAGAAGCCCGGCAGGGAGCUGAAGACUGAUUACUUUGCCAUGGAGCUGCUGGAAGGGUAUUUGUACCUGCUGAUUGAUAUGGGCUCUGGGAAAACAAAGCUGAAGGCCAGCAACAAGAAGGUCAAUGAUGGGGAAUGGUGCCAUGUGGAUUUCCAGAGAGAGGGGAGGAAAGGCUCCAUCUCAGUGAACAGCCGCAGCAUGCCCUUCAGCUCCCCAGAGGGCAGUGAAAUCCUGGAUCUGGACAGCGUCAUGUACCUGGGCGGGCUGCCUGAGUCCAAGUCUGACCUCAUCCUGCCGCCUGAAGUGUGGACAGCGCUGCUGAACUACGGCUACGUGGGCUGCGUACGAGACCUCUUCAUCGAUGGCAAGAGCCGCGACGUCCGCCGCCUGGCUGAGAUCCAGAGCGCUUUCGGCGUCAGCAGUUUCUGCACACGCGAACUACAGAAGCGGUGCAGCAGCGCUCCCUGUGGCAACGCAGGUCUGUGCAAAGAGGGCUGGAACCGCUACAUAUGUGACUGCACCGGCACUGGCUUCCUGGGUACCAACUGUGAGAUAGAGGCGACGGUGCUGAGUUACGACGGCAGCAUGUACCUCAAGAUCAUCAUGCCGGUCACCAUGCACACGGAGGCGGAGGACGUGGCGCUGCGCUUCAUGUCUCAGCGGGCGUACGGCCUGCUCAUGGCCACCACCUCCAAGGAGUCAGCGGACACCCUGCGGCUGGAGCUGGACGGAGGCCGCAUCAAGCUCACUGUGAACCUGGAUUGUAUCAGGAUAGACUGUAGCCUCAGCAAAGGACCUGAGACACUGUUCGCGGGGCAGAAGCUGAACGACAACGAGUGGCACACUGUGAAGGUGGUGCGAAGAGGCAAGAGCUUGCAGCUGUCUGUGGAUAAUGUCACAGUGGAAGGCCAGAUGACUGGUGCCCACACUCGUCUAGAGUUCCACAACAUCGAGACCGGCAUCAUGACAGAGCGACGCUUCAUCUCCGUGGUGCCCUCGAACUUCAUCGGCCAUCUCCAGGGCCUGACCUUCAACGGGCUGCCUUAUCUAGACCAGUGCAAGAAUGGAGACAUCUCCUACUGUGAACUGAACGCCCGCUUUGGCAUGCGCCACAUCAUCGCAGAUCCGGUGACGUUUCGAACGAAAGGCAGCUACUUAGCUUUAGCAACGUUACAAGCUUACGCCUCCAUGCACCUCUUCUUUCAGUUCAAAACCACCACGCCCGACGGACUGAUGCUCUUCAACUCUGGAGACGGGAGCGACUUCAUUGUCGUGGAGCUCGUCAAAGGCUACGUCCACUACGUCUUUGAUCUCGGAAACGGGCCGUCGCUGAUGAAGGGCAACUCAGACAAGCCGCUCAAUGACAACCAGUGGCACAACGUGGUGGUGUCCCGGGACGCCAACAACGUACACACCCUCAAGAUUGACUCACGCACCGUGACGCAGCACUCCAAUGGAGCCCGCAACCUGGACCUCAAAGGAGAGCUGUACAUCGGUGGCGUGAUCAAGAACAUGUACAGUAAUCUGCCCAAGCUGAUUGCGUCCCGGGACGGGUACCAGGGCUGCCUGGCCUCCGUGGACCUGAAUGGGAGACUCCCCGACCUGAUGGCGGAUGCCCUCCACAGGGUGGGCCAGGUGGAACGAGGCUGCGACGGACCGAGUACCACCUGUACGGAGGAGUCCUGCUACCAUCAGGGGGUGUGUCUCCAGCAGUGGGAGGGCUUCACCUGCGACUGCACCAUGACGUCCUAUGGAGGAUCAUUCUGCAAUGACCCUGGGACAACGUACAUCUUCGGAAGAGGCGGAGCCCUCAUCACAUAUACCUGGCCACCCAAUGACCGGCCGAGCACACGGGCAGACCGGCUGGCAGUGGGCUUCAGCACGCAGCUGAAGGAGGCAGUUCUGGUCAGGGUAGAGAGCGCCAAAGGACUGGGAGACUACCUGGAGCUGCACAUAGAACGGGGAAAGAUCGGCGUGAUCUUCAACGUGGGAACGGACGACAUCAUCAUCGAGGAGAGCGCGGUGAUGGUGAGCGACGGCAAGUACCAUGUGGUGCGAUUCACACGCAGUGGUGGGAACGCCACUCUACAGGUGGACAACCAGCCGGUCAUCGAACGCUUCCCAUCAGGGAACUUUGAUAAUGAGCGCCUGGCUAUUGCUAGACAAAGAAUCCCAUACCGACUCGGUCGGGUAGUUGACGAGUGGCUACUCGACAAAGGUCGUCAACUGACUAUCUUCAACAGCCAGGCGUUCAUCAAAAUUGGUGGUGGAGAGAAGGGGCGCCACUUCCAGGGCCAGAUCUCAGGCCUGUACUAUAAUGGCCUGCAGGUACUGAAACUGGCAGCCGAAGGCGACCCCAACGUCCAGACCCAGGGUAACCUGCGGCUGGUUGGUGAUGUACCCUCGGUGCUCACUACUGACACCACAUCCACCACACCACUGGCUGAUAUGUCCACCACAAUCAUGGAGACAACUACAACUAUGGCCACAACCACCACCCGCAAACAGCGCUCGCCAACUAUGAGAGACAGUGUCACACAGAAUGCGGAUGACCUCUUGGUAGCAUCAGCUGAAUGUCCUAGUGAUGACGAAGAUUUGGAGGAGUGUGAGCCUGGAAACGGAGGUGAAUUAGUGUUGCCCAUUAUUACCGUGGACUCCCUAGACCCCCCAUCCAUCGCUACCCACUACCCAGUAAUCCCCCCACCCCCUACCACCUACCGCCCUUUCCUCACCCUGCUCGAAACCACCAAAGAGCCCCUCCCAUUGCCCAACGGCCGGCCCCCCUGCCCCUUGGACCAGGAGGACUGCGAGGAGACCAUCGAGGUGUCGGCCUACGGCUCGGGGGAGAUGACCGAGUCUGAUGACGAGGACUAUUACAAAAACUCCCCCUUGGUCACCGACAGGACUGUCCUCCCUCCUCCCCCAGCUGUUGAGGGUGGCGUCCAGAACCCUCGAGACCGCCAUUUCUCCCGCAUCCCCAACUCCCACCGCCCUCCUUUAUCCUCUACCCCCACAGCCAAUCCAGACCAACUCGGCCCACGAAUCAAGCCACCCGCCGGCGGUAGCAGCAGUAGCAACAAUAUCCCCGCCGGGAAAAUGAACACCCGGGACCAGGUGCUGCUGCCGCCAGCACACCCCUCGUCCGAUCCAGGCCACCGCAGAAUCCCCGGAAUAACAUACCCUCCAAAUUUCCCCCAUGUUCCCACUCCAGACCCCACGUCUCCGGAGAGAGGACUCCCAGGCGCCGUGGAGGUGCAGCAGUCCAGCAGCACUACGGGAAUGGUCGUUGGCAUCGUGGCGGCAGCCGCCCUCUGCAUCCUCAUCCUGCUCUACGCCAUGUACAAAUACCGCAACCGCGACGAGGGCUCCUACCAAGUGGACCAGAGCCGCAACUACAUUAGCAACUCGGCCACACAGAGCAACGGAGCCCUGGUGAAAGAGAAACAGCCCACCACUGCCAAGACGGUCACCAAGAACAAGAAGAACAAAGACAAAGAGUACUACGUCUGAGAGAGCGCCGCCGUGACACCACAGAGACAGACAACAGACGCACUAAGAGAAGGAAAGAGGAGAGAGAGAAUGAGAGAGAGAGGGAAAAUAGAGGGCAAUUCAUUUAAAAAUCAGUAUUGUCAGGCGGCCAUACUUGUUUCCACUUCCUGGCUUAUCAGAGUGAGGCAGGAAAAUGAGCAACAGAUUGGUUCCAUCCACACCUUUUAGCAUCGCUGUGAUUGAUUUGGCUUCUCAUUAAAAGGUAAAUGUGGUGUGGAUAUAAAGAAAGGCUAUUACACCUCAGAUCUCAACACAUACUGUGCCAACAACUGUGUACCUGAUAAAACAGUGAUUUAUGGAUCAGUUAUUUAAUAUCUUGAGUACUGUAAGAAAGCACCGUCAUCAGUAUUUGUGUCAAGGUCGGUACAUCACGCUGAGGUGAGCUUGUGGUGAAGACCAUCAACAAACAGAGUAUCAACUUUUUAUUUUCCAACUAGGCUUCAAUUAGCAACUUGACAUCCCUCUGUUUAAAAUCAAUAAUACUGCCAGCUUACAGAAACACUCUCUCACCUCGUCAAAUCUCUCUCUCUCUUCCUCUCAUUGGCCCGCGCACUCUGUUUCUCUCUUUGUCUACGGUGCUCAGCAGCCGAUGCAACGUAAACUCUGCCGUGUUUCAAGCAUGUAGUAUUAAUUUACGAAAAAGAGAAAUUUUCUUUCUGUGGAGUUUAAGAAACUUAAAAAAUAUGACGAUGAUUGAUCAUAACAACCGUUAAACGUAGCAACUAUGUGAGAUACCACCGCUCCGACCUAAUGGAUGCUAACUUUGUACGUUUAGCCGCCAAAAACUUAUUGAGGCCAAACACCCCUUGGUCGUCCUUUUGUUCCAGCAGAUCUGUGUCAUGUGUUUCUGGGGCUCCAAGGCACCCCCUAGUGGGCCAGCAGAGAAACUGCGUCACGUCCUUACAGUUACUAAUAACCGAAAAACAGAAAAAAACCUCCAGCAAACCAGAUGAACUCUGUUCUAUAUAAUUAUAAAUAUAUGUAUAGACGUUGCAGAAACCUAUGGACCUGAGACGUGAGGAAAAAUGAAAGUACGCUGGUACUGCACAGCGAGGACGGACUUUAGGAUUUUCAACGUCAGAACAGUUUCACCACCCCAGAUCCCCAGACCCCCACCCCUCUCAUGAACAGUACGGCUGAUGCAAUGCCUUGCUGCAAGACUCAGCCACUUUGGUUUGCUCUUUUUUUUUCUUUUUUUUUAUUCUUUUCUCUGGAGAAAUGAGAGACAUUUUAAGGAAAUUGAUUCUUGCUGGAGUUCCACUGUGGAGAGAGAUACCUUGAAGCUGAACAAGCGGCUGUGUCUUUCGCCCUCUCUCUCUAGCCUGACUGGACUGAUGGCAGCCAAUGGGCAAAAAGCAAACUUUGUGGGAAGAGCACACACAUUUCAAAAGGUGAACGCCAGUUCCCUGGAAGAUGUACAACAGAACUCUAGUAUUCCAAUUUUCUCAACUCUAUUAAAAAAAGAAAACUGUAUCAUGAAAAGAAAAGAAAAUCCUGAAAAAAGUUUGUGAAAUGUCUAAAUAUUUGACUCUCAUCCCAUUACUAAGAGAAAUGUGUUUUCCCUACUAUCAUUCCUGUUUGGAGAAAAAAUGACCAUAUGAUUCUGGGAAAUUGAAAUUUCUAUGUAUUUUCUUUUGGUAACCGAGCAAAUGUGAUUUGGGUUAUGAACAUGGAAUCACCCUUAUUCUUUUCCAGUGGGGGAGGGGUUCCUCUCCUUUUAAUCCAUUCUCCAUCUGUCAUCCUUAAUUCAUUUUUUGUCCUGCAUAUAUUCCUUUUUCUCUGUAUGGCAGAUCGUAUGUCUCAUACCCUGUGGAGAAAGCAGGCUCUAUCUAUUCUCCAUGGGUUUUUUUUAAAUUUGUUUUGUAUCUCUUUUUGUCUGGAGACAAGAUGGCCACCCUUUCAUUUAACAGGCUCCAUCCAUUGACCCUUCUGCCACGUUUGUCUGGUUUCUCUCUUUCUCCAUUCCAAACAUACUCCUCCCAGUAUCUUCCUGUUCUUUCUAAAUGUUAUUGUAAAGUGUUCCAGUGAGAUGACUCUAAAUAUGUGUACAUUAACAGAGGGAAUACACUUGGUUAUAUACUUCUUA